CUUCUCCACUCCAGAGACACAUAUUCUGCUGUUUCAACUUUGAACUUCACUCAGAGUCUUGACUCUUAAAGACGUUUAUUGCAUAUUGAAUCAGACCAAUCAGUUUUCUUCAAUCAAGAUCUUCUAUAGUCAUCCUUAACACUGAGGCCUGCAUAUCAUUGUAUGUGACUUGACGCACGCACACACCCUCAACAUGGCAACCACACUGACACUAAUAGGUGGUCAAGGAGGCAGUCCAUUUGAAUUCCACGGCAUGAACAACGGUGCCACCCUCAAGAAGAUCGGAGUGGCGGUGGGAGGCUCGCAGGUGAAAGCUGUGCGGGCGGAGCUGACCGACGGGAAAGUAGCGACUUUUGGAGAUGCGAACACUUUCAAUGAGUUUGCGUUCAACCUCGGCGAGCGCAUCACCAAGCUGUCUCUGUGGGGUAACGGCGCCGGCACACGUCUGGGUGCCAUCAAGUUCACGACGAGUGAGAACCGGGAGUUCUUUGAAAAAAUGACCAGCUGGGGACUGAAGACUGAGUACACCAUAGAUGUGGGGUCUGGAAUCUGCCUGGGGCUGCAGGGAGGGUAUGGCUCAGACAUCGACUGCAUGGGCUUCCUCUUCAUCAACACCAUCAAGUCGUCCGUGCUGACUGACAUGGAGUAUCCCACCCUGUCCCUCUUCAAACCCCAGGUGACCCCAGAAUAUGUGAAAUCUGUGUCUCACCACAACGACACCUCAUUGGUUCAAGAAGAGUCCAUUACAUACAGCAAGACACUGACCAAGACUUCCUCCUGGUCUGUCAGCAACAAGAUAGAAUCCACCUUGAGUGUGUCGGUCAAAGCAGGGAUCCCGGAUCUGGUCGAGGUGACAUCAGGGUUCAGCUUGACCGUGGGAGUGGAGCAAUCCACCAGCCUGCAGAAGACAGAGACCAUAACAGAAUCGGAUACCAUCAACCUGAAGAUCCCGCCAGGGAAGACCAUGGAUGUUGAGAUCACAGUGGGGAGAGCAAAUAUCGACCUUGACUACGAGGCCAAAGUGAAAGUCACCUGCAUGAAUGGCAGUCAGCUGGUCUUCCCAUCCAAUGGCAUCUACACUGGUGUUACUUACACUUCAGCGAGGGUAUCCACAAAGGAGAGAUAAUAAGUACAGUGAUAGAAUUAACUAAUUCUUUGUGUGCCUUUUCUGUUUCUAUGAUCAUCUUUGAGUGAUUCUUAUUGAACCCAGCUGACUCAGCUCUUUCUUUCUGUCUCAGCCGAGGGUAUAACAACAGGUGGGUCAUUCCUACAAUACGGUGCCUUUGUGUUCCAUGACAUGUUACCACAUACACUACCGGUCAAAAGUUUUAGAACACCUACUCAUUCAAGGGUUUUUCUUUAUUUGGACUUUUUUCUACAUUGCAGAAUAAUAGUGAAGACAUAAACUAUGAACUAACACAUAUGUAAAAUCAUGUAGUAACCCAAAAGGUGUUAA